AUGGACUAUCUAAAGAAACUUAAUCCAUUCGAUGGUAUUCCUAAAUAUCAAAUUGCACAACAAAUAGUAAACUUUGGAUUGAUCGUUGCAUCAGCAUUGAUGAUAUGGAAGUUCUUGAUGAUUGCAAGUGGUAGUGAAAGUCCAGUCGUCGUAGUACUCAGUGGUAGUAUGAGACCUGCAUUUGAUAGAGGCGAUCUUUUAUACUUGGACAUGAAUGAUGGUCCAUUCAGAGUUGGUGAGAUUGUUGUAUUCAAGAUUGAAGGCAAAGAUAUUCCAAUCGUUCAUCGUGUUUUAGAGGUUCAUGAAGAUGCCAAUGGAUUAUACGAAAUAUUAACAAAGGGAGAUAAUAAUACUAUUCACGAUAAACAAUUAUAUGCAGAGGGACAAAACUGGUUGGGUAGAGAACACAUCAUUGGAAGAGUCAAGGGAUUCCUUCCAUACGUUGGUAUGGUCACCAUUGUCAUGCACGACUAUCCCCAAUUAAAGUAUUUGUUGGUUGGUGUUUUGGCUUUAUUUGUACUUUCUACCAGAGACAACUAA